AUUAAUAAACUACAUUCUCUAGUCACCUGCAGUUUCCACCACGACCAACUAAUGGUGACUUCUUCGUUCCUGUUGCAUCAGGAAGGUAUGCCAUUGGUUACACAGUAACAUACGCAUGCAAUGCCAACUUUGCCAUAUCCGGGCCAACUACUAACAGAUGCUUAUCUACUGGAGCAUGGGCUAAUGCAGCAGCUACAUGUACAGCAACAGGUUGUGGGCCACCACCUGUCAGUUCAAGUGCUAUUCUGUCUGGACCAGCAACACCUAAAACCUUUUUUACUAUUGGUGAAACAGUGAUGUAUACUUGUGCUACACCAUUCGUUCUGUUUGGCAACUCCAUAAACACAUGCUUAAACACAGGAUUGUGGCAAAACUUAUCACCAAGUUGUGAUAAUGGUUGUAAUGCUCCAGCCAGCAUUACAAACGGUGUGGGCACAUUCACUCCUGUCAAAGUAGCCUAUGAUCUAAAUGAGCAGGUCACUUAUACUUGCAGCACUGGAUAUGUGUUUGCUGAUGGCGCGGAAUCAGUUGUUCGGUGUGUUUCUUCUCUUACUUGGAACUUUGGGGCCCCAGUCUGCAACAAACAAUGUAGCGACCCGCCACGAAUAGCAAGCAAUGGACAAACGAACAAUCUUCUGACACCAGCAUUAUACAACACUGGACACCUAGUUAACUACGUUUGUAACGCAGGUUAUGUGAUCCAGGGCACAACAAUAAAUAUAUGUGACAGUACUGGUCUAUGGAGAUGGCCUGCUGCACCUACAUGUGUUGCGGGGUGCAGCGCGCAACCUCCAACAAAUAGUGGAGUUACAUUUACUGUUAUGAAAGCAUUAUAUCUGGCUGGAGAUACAGUUACAUACAGUUGUACAGCACCUACAGCUGUGCUUUCAACAUUCUCAGCAACUAACAGCUGCCAAAGUAAUGGAAAUUGGCAAAACCCCUCUCCUUCGUGUAUAGUGCCCAUGUAAUACAUAUAUUCCAUUUAUUGUUUAAGUUAUAUAGUAAGGAACAUGAUGCACGGGUCUACUCUAGAGUAUAGUAGGAUGAGACAUAUUCACUUUUAUUGUCCAUUUAUCGUCCCAUUUAGUAGUAUACCCAUUUUCUUUUUUCUCGUCCCGUUUACUAGAAAACAAACAAUAUUUACAGACUCAUAUAACCGUGGCUUUGCGAUUCUAAAAAGGGGUUGUUAAUUGUUUAAAGCAAGAUUAUGAAAUAUUAAAUGAUAAAUCCCAUCUUACCCCACAAUACUAUUGAACAGGCUCAGUAAUGUGUAAAGUUUUUUUUAACAUAAUGUACAUCACAGCACAUGGGAAGGCACAAACCAUUAUUAAACCAAUUCAAAAUUUGUAAA